UCUUUUCAAAAAGUAAACAUUACACCAAAAGGAACAAAACCCUAAUUUUAUAAAAUUAAAUUGAAAAACAAAACCCAAUACUAUCACUAUCUUUAGUAUAGCUUUCAUAGAUCCAAGGUAAGGAACAAAAAAGGCUGGUUUUCACAACACAAACGCUAAACCUAGUUCCAACCGCGCGCGUACCCCAUCUUUUCUUACACUUGUCUCUUACUCUAUAAACCCUUUUCCUGUUCAAUCUCCAAUGUCAUAUAUCUCAACAAACAAAAAACACUUCUCCAUGUAAACCACCAAAAAAGAAAAAGAUCACAAAAAAACGUUAUCAUGGCAUUGAGCAAUAACGUGAUAGGAGCCAUAAACUUUGUGGCCGUGCUCCUCUCUAUCCCCAUCAUCGGGGCCGGAAUCUGGCUGGCCUCCGAGGCUGAUAACUCUUGUGUUAAGAUCCUCCAAUGGCCAGUCAUAAUUCUAGGAAUCUUGAUCUUGGUGGUGGCCCUAGCAGGUUUCGUCGGAGCGUUCUGGAGAAUUCCAUGGCUGCUGAUAGGUUACCUUGUGGCCAUGCUUGCCCUCAUAAUCUUGCUUGCUUCUUUGGUGGUGUUUGUGUACAUGGUCACUAUUCGUGGCUCCGGCCACAUUGAGCCCAGCCGCGCUUACUUGGAGUACCGUCUAGAUGACUUCUCCGGGUGGCUUCGCCGUAGGGUUCAUAGCUCUUACAAGUGGGAUCGCAUUAGGACUUGUCUUAGCUCCACCAGUAUGUGUGCCGAGUUGAACCAGAGUUACCGUAUGGCUCAGGAUUUCUUUAAUGCACGGCUUAAUCCCUUACAGUCGGGAUGCUGUAAACCACCGACCCAAUGUGGUUACACAUUUGUGAACCCAACAUAUUGGAUAAGCCCAAUCAACAACGCUGCCGAUAUGGACUGCCUUGCUUGGAACAACGACCAAACGCAGCUCUGUUACAACUGUGAUUCUUGCAAAGCUGGCUUGCUAGCCAAUUUGAGGAAAGAGUGGAGAAGAGCUGAUAUUAUUCUUCUCAUAACAUUGAUUGCUUUGAUUUGUGUCUAUUUGAUUGGCUGUUGUGCCUUUAGGAAUGCCAAGACUGAGGAUCUCUUUAGAAAAUACAAGCAGGGUUAUACGUAAGUACCUACGUACGUAUUUAUUGUUAUAUUUUAAUGUAUUUGGUGUAAAUUUGGGACAUGCUCUUAAUUAGCCUAGCUAGUUAUGUUAAUUUGGUGACAUGGGGAUUUUCGAUUAAUGUUUUGAUGGUACUCUAGAUUGUUUUGGAUAUGGAAAAGGAAAAAUUUGUUUGUUCUAAUUUUCAGUAAUAACUUAUUAUAAUCUUUGACAAGGAAAAGUAAAGAUUAUAGUUUGAUCUA